AUGGGUCGCAGACCGUCGUCGAGUUCGUCGUCCACCAGGUUCAAGUACCUGCGACCGUCGUACUACAUCCGGCGACCCCGGCGACUAGGGCUGCUCACUCUGCUCGUCGUCGGGAUCGUCUUUUUCGUCAUGGAUCGCCAACGACAGGCGAAAGAACUGGAGGAACUCGCGACGCAACUGGAUAAUCUCGAAGGCGAGAAGAGUCACCUGGUUGUUGAGCUGGAGAAGGCUCGCUUGACCGGCAGCGUUUCUGACGCCCGGGCAGGAGGCAAAGCCGCGUCUGUUAAAAAAGACCCUCUUAUUCUCGGUGUAGGAGGGGGAGGGGGUGGUGGCGGCGGCGGCGGUGGCGGGAUAAGUGUAAAUGCAGCACGUGCGAGCAGCAAAGUGCAAGCGAGAAAGCUCCUUCCUCUAGAAAAGAUCGUUCAGGCGGGUGCUACAGGGGGGAUGCUGAGAGGAGGCGAGCAGGCUGGGCAAGCGUAUACUGGGGAUGCUAUUAUAAGGGAUCCUGUUACUGGGGAUGCUCAUAGCGCGGAUGUGGAGCAGAAGGCGUUAUCGGAGCUGCAGAGACUGGGGAAGCUGGACGAUGAUGGGCUGGGAGGCGGAGAAGGUGACAGUAACGAGGGGAAGGCAGCUGAUAUAGACGCGCUUGAGGACGCGGAUUUGGAGGAUGAUGUGGCUGUAGCGGGGGGUGGCAAAGGCGGAAAGGGGGGAGGAGGAGGGAGAGCAGGCGGGGUGACUGAAGCGGGGGGAGAGCAGUUGCAGAGUGAGCAGAGGAAGGAGGUAUCGGUGGCUGAGCAACGAGCAGCAGAGAAGCAGACGCAGGGGCAGGGGCAGGGGCAGGGGCAGGGGCAGGGGCAGGGGCAGGGGCAGGGGCAGGGGCAGGGGCAGGGGCAGGGGCAGGGGCAGGGGCAGGGGCAGGGGCAGGGGGUGUUGUUGAGAGGGCAGGAUGAGACGGAGAGGAGGAGAGAAUCGAUCAAGCAGGGUAUGCUGCAUGCGUGGAGGGGGUACAAGAAGUACGCGUGGGGGUCAGAUGAGCUGCAGCCACGCAGCAAGACCCCGUCCAACAACUUUGGAGGCAUGGGAGCGACGAUCGUUGACUCGCUGGACACGCUCUUCCUCAUGGGGCUCAAGGACGAGUUCAAAGAUGCACAGAAGUGGGUGGGCGAGUCUCUCAAUUUCAACCGGCACUCCAGCGUCAGCGUCUUUGAAACAACCAUCCGGAUGCUGGGCGGGCUGCUAGCAGCGUACGACCUGUCAGGAGAGAAGGUCUUCUUGGACAAGGCGACGGAGCUGGGAGAUCGACUCUUGCCAGCGUUCAACACCCCCACUGGCAUUCCUUUCGCUUAUGUGGACUUGGCAUCAGGAGGAGGCAACGCCCCCGGCUGGACUGGGGGAUCGGCAGUGCUGGCGGAUUUGGGCACGCUGCAGCUGGAGUUUGUGACACUGUCUCAGCGGACAGGCGACCCCAAGUACGCUAUCAAGGCGGAGAAUGUGAUAAAGCAAAUCGAGAAGAUAUUCCCAGAGGACGGUCUGGUGCCCAUGUUCAUCAGCAUCGACAGCGGGGAGCCCACGAGCAGCCACAUCACGUUCGGGUCCAUGGGCGACAGUUUCUACGAGUAUCUGAUCAAGAUGUGGGUGCACGGGGGCAAGACUCCAAUCGUCAAGAAAUACAGAGACAUGUGGGAGAAGUCUAUAAAUGGAAUGUAUUCCAGAUUGGUACAGCGCACGCCAGACCAGGGGGGGCACAAGGGGUACUCCUACGUGCCUGAGAUGGAGGGAGGGGGGCUCAUUCGCAAGAUGGAGCAUCUCACGUGCUUUGUACCGGGGAUGCUUAUACUGGGUAUGCCAGAGGCGUCGCCUGCUGACGCUGCCAAGUACCUAGACUUGGCUAAGGAGCUAACUCGAACGUGCUACGAGUUUUACAACAGCACUCCCUCCAAGCUGGCUGGCGAGGACUACAACUUCCAUGCUGAUGGCCCCCAUCUCCAGGGCCGCGUGUACAACAUCUUGAGGCCAGAGGCAGUGGAGGCGAUCUGGUACUCGUGGCGGGCCACCAAGGACCCCGUGUACCGCGAGUGGGGGUGGAAGAUCUGGCAGGCGUUUGAGAAGAACUGUCGGGUGGAAGCCGGAUACGUUGGGCUGGAAGAUGCGGGGAAGAACCCCCCUCCGCAGGACAACAUGCAGCAGAGCUUCUUCCUGGCAGAGACGCUCAAGUACCUCUACCUGCUAUUCUCUCCGGACGAUACACUGAAUCUGGACAAUGCUGGUUCUGUUGGCGGCGGUGGUGGUGGUGAUGCUGCUGCUGUUGGAGACGGGAAGGAGGAGUCAAUCUCAGGAGCAGGAGAAGUGAAGCAACGGGUCGAGCCAAAGGAGGAUGCCGGUGCUGAUUCAGCAGCAGGGCUGGAUGCUGGGCAAAGAUAG